AAAUCCUUUCUUCUCUACUACUAUACGACAUUACAUCCGUUGUCUGCCCCGACGUCUUGAGCACCGUGACGGCGACGACUUCCUUGCUCCUACUAUCUCAUCCUCACACCUCCAUAGUCUUGCAUCCAGGUUACCUUCAUCAUGUCAGUCACAGACGGACUUUUGAUCAAGAUCGCAAACAUCGUGGUCUUUGUCGUCUCACUCGGAUCCAAUGUAUACAGCGUUGCAGGCCCCGAGGACAUGUAUGGAUCGUCCAAGACGACCUACAUCACGCCUUCAUACUAUGCAUUCUACGUUUGGUCUCUGAUCCACCUCUUGCUGCUUGGAACCAUGUUCUUCCAAUUUACAGCUCGAGGUAAAGAGAUCGUCGUUGAUUCUAUCGGAUGGCGAUUCGCACUCCUCGGCGUCUUCAAUGCCGUCUACGUCUUCUUCUGGUCCCGACACUGGUACAUUCUCGCCUUUAUCCUCAGUCUCCUUGUCUCGGCCACCGUCAGUCAAAUCUACUACGUUGUCAAGAAGAACCAUUUCAACCGAGAAGGAUGGGCUGAGGAGGUCUUUGUACACUUGCCAUUUUCCCUAUUCCACGGAUGGACCAUCGUCCUCGUCGUCCUCUCUGGAUUUGAAGCCUUUGGCGUCGACUCACACACCCACAAGGCGGGUAUCUGGACAAAGAUCUUUGUCUUCCUCGCUUUCGUCUUCCUCGAGACCACUGCCGCCGCAUACGCAUUCGCAAGCGCAGAAGGAGACGCAGCAGGCGCGGCCGCCAUCACCUGGGCACUCUUCGCCAUUUUCAUUCACCAACGAAACACUUUCAUCCACUGGUCCGCCCUCGUCUUCUUCAUCUUGUCGCUCUUCGCCAUUUUGAAAUCCCUCUACUCUGCCGUCAAGGGCGGACGAAACAUCCUUCAUGACGAAGAGCGAGCGCCUCUCGUCGGUUCGUCGUAAGGAUUACGAGGAUUCAGGACCGAUUGGACCAUGACCGCCUUCUGAUUCCGUCACGAACCUAAUCUUUACGAGCCCCACAAGCUAUCCUGUGAGAUUUGAGUAACCCAUGAUCGAUCACACGAAAGACCGAAUGACUGAGACCAAGAAAUCUGUGUACAUGCAUCUGAUUGCGGACC